UCUACUUGCAUUCUCUCCUCAGCCACCAACAUAAUAGUAGUAUUUGGCUAGGCUCACACUUUCAAGUUUCACAAUUACUCUAAUACAAUAAUACUAUUACUACCUCAGUCACCUACCUCAAUGAGUUCUCUUGUGCUUCAACUUCUGCUGUUUGUUGCAUUGGACUAGGAGGGGAAGAGGAUAAGGUUGGAGGUACAUUGGAGCCAAUCAAGAUGCAGCUUUUCAGAGAUUAUGUCUAUUGAGAAAAGAAAACAAUUAAGUUUUUUGUGGCCUGCAACAGCAACUGCUGAGUGAUAAAUUCGGCAGCAUACAGCCACACAGCUAUAGUAGUGUUCUCUUUCUUUCCCUCUUCUUUAAUGGGGCUAUGAUGGGACUUGCUCUCUUCUCUUCUUUCAUUGCUGCAUGCCGCUAUCCCCACCUCCUUAUUGUCCUUCAUCUCUGUCCCUUUUGGACUCUUGCAAUUAAAACCACACCCCCUUUUUCUCUUAUGCUCAGCUCAGGUACUAUUCUGUGAGAGACUGGUCUCUUGAAACCUGUGAUCUUUCUUUGGAGGCAUCUACUAUCUACUAUUAUAAGGUCAGUGGAAGGGAUUUUCAAGGCUUCUUCCCUUUGUCCUGGUUGGUUUUUUUAAGGCUUCAUCAUCAGUGUGUUCCCCAUUUGAGAUAAAUCUCUUCAAAGGUCUUUCCUUUUGGAGGCCAAAGGAGGCAGAACAAACACAACAAUGGCUGAUUGGGGUGAAGAGUUUGAUGAGCAAGAUGUGUGGGGAACUGCUAUGAUCACCAAGGACAAGAAGGAUUAUUCAACCACAAAAACAAUGUUGUCUAAGUCUAAGAAGUACUCAUCAUCAUCAUCAUCAUCAUCAUCAUUGUCUGGAUAUUCUUCUUGUUCUGCAUGGCACAAUGCUACCUCUACAAGAAAGAUACCAAGGGCUAAUAAUGGAGUCUUAUUACCCUCUUCUGAUGAAGAUCAUGAUGGGCAAGCAAGUCUUAGAGGGUCCUCAGCACCAAUGGACAUCCCUGACUGGUCAAAGAUUUAUGGCAAGAAAAAGGAUGAUGGGUUUGAUGAUGAUAAUAAUGAUGAUGACGAUGAGAAUGAGGAUGAUGAUGAAGAUGGUAUGAUCAUUCCACCACAUGAAUUGAUUGCUAGGAAGCUUGCAAGGAGCCAGAUCUCUUCAUUCUCUGUGUGUGAAGGCAUUGGAAGAACACUCAAAGGGAGAGAUCUUAGCAAAGUGAGGAAUGCCAUUUUGACCAAAACCGGCUUCAUUGAGUAAUGUUAGUGUUGUCAUGUUCUAUGGUCAUGUCAUUAUCAGCUUCAUAAUCAUAUGUUAUAUGUUAUGGUUUUGGAGUCACCACUAUCUAUAGUUAUAGCACAAUAGUAGUAGUAUUCAUCAUUAUUGUUAGACUCAGAUUCGGAUCAAAUCCCAUGCAAUCUUUUAUAUUUGAUUAUCCGCACUAAAUAUUAUAGCAUUAAUUUAUUGUGAGGUGCUGCUACAACCCCAAGAGCUUCAAACUUGAAAUA